AGGUGAGGCGUUAUUUUAUGUACGUAUGAUUCCACAGGUGAUAUGUGCUCUGCGUUUCGACCUUCUACGGUUAAAGGACCAAAGACUGUAAAUUGUAUCAAGACAUCGCAAGUGCAACGCCCAAUGCGACCACCCUAGGCACGGAAGUCCCACCUUCCAGUAAAAACAGCCAAUCAUCAUCGAUUACUAACGAUUCUCUGGGGGACCUGGAAAGGGCUUUUUAGCUCAGUUUGAGGUUGUGGGUUAGAAAUACUUUGUUUUAUUAUAAUCUUAGAUGGCGAAUUAGGAAAUAUCUGUAUUUCCCCAUUCAAGUAGAUGGAACUUGGUCUCGUAUGACCGAAUAGGUGCACGGAGGCGUUGACGCCGAGUGGGGUGACUUUCCUUAAAGGAAAUUUGGUCGAACAAACCACUAUGAAGUGACAGGUGUGUGCCAUUUAAUGCAAACAGAACCGGAUGAUUUGAUCCUGGAGCUGAAACCCUCACACCAAAGUCCGAACCGGACCGGCACGCACUGCGAGACAUGGAGCGUCCGCUUCUCGCCCGGAGGAUCUUAUUUCGCCUGGUCCAUGGGCUUCGGCAUUGUGAAGAUCCUCUCGUGGCCGGUGACAUCCACAGAUAGUGGUGAAGAUGCAAAUAGUGAGAGGACGCUUCACUGCGAGCAGGCCGUAUGGGCUCUGGCAUUCGGACCCUGCCCGUCUCCCCGAGCGGAUCAGAACGGACAUGAACCUGACCUGCUUCUGGCCAUCGGCCUCAAUAAUGGUCUGAUCCAAGUCAGGGUUGUCUCAUCUGGAAAGCUGCUGUUUACUCUAAGUGGACAUCAGGCCCUUGUUAGGGAUUUGGUCUUCGCUCCAAAUGGAAGUCUUACUCUUGUGUCGGCCUCUCGAGACAAAACUUUAAGGAUAUGGGACUUGGCGAAGAAAGGUGUCAAUCCGCAUGUGCUGAGGGGUCCAAACUACUGGGUGUUCAAAUGCUCCAUAUCGCCCGACAGCAGUAUGAUCGCUUCACUGUGCAACUUUGACUCUAAGCUGUAUUUGUGGAGCAUGCGCUCCUAUACCUUUAUGAGACACAUCACCUACGACCACGAGCGCACUAUGGUGUCAUGCGACUUUUCUCCAGAUGGAGCGCUGCUCGCUGUCGCUUCAUACAAAUCUUCUACUGGCUGGUGGUUGGACCUGUGGGACCCUUACACGGCUGAUCUUCUGUCCAGAGUAGAGAACUGCGAGUUGUGCUAUAACAGAAGCGACUCUCUACCGACGUAUCUGAGUUUCUCUCCUGUUGGCCUGUUGCUGGCUUUCAAAGACUACAGGGCGUUACAAAUCUGGGAUGUGGAACGAGAUGAGUUAGUCACCGAUACAGAUCACAACCGUGCCGGUGGGUUGUGCUGCGCUUUCCAUCCACACGGGGGCGUCAUUGCUACAGGGUGUAGAAAUGGGCAGGUGAAGUUCUGGAGAGUUCCACGUCGUGUUCCGAGUCUCAAGCAUCUGUGCCGGACUGCCUCGAGGUUCUCCGUUUCGACCUAUCAGGUGGAGGCUCUUCCCUUGCCACCGAAAAUUCAGGAAUUUCUCACUUACAGGGACGUUCAGAAGCAAAAGACCUUAUGUUGUAAAAAACAUCACAGCUGAGGAGUGUUUGUGGCUU